GCUGGCUACAUACAUUCUUGAUGAGCAGACCAUCUUUACAACCGGUGUCCUGAUUUAAUUAAACAAUAGGUAUGUGAAUACAUGGAUGAUACAUAGUUAACGUUCAUUAAUGCAUAUAGAGAGUAUUAUAGACAUGUCUUUACAAAACUGCAAGAUGUAUUCAAAAUAAAAUGUUUUCAAUGUUAUUGAAAUGAAAGCUACAUUUAAACCAUUGAAAUGAAAUGGGGGACAUUUUAAUCGAGUGUUUUUUUGGUUGGCUGUCUACGUUCUCGAUCAGUACCAGUCCAGGAUAUAACAAACCGCCGCACUUUAUUAGCUCUUCAUUCAAAGUAAACAGAACUUAACAUUCAACUUACAAUUUCAUUGUGUAUCGUGUAAUACAACUGGAAUAAAGUAUGGAGUUAAAACAAAACAUAUAUAUCUUCAUAUUGACUUGUACUCUGACUGUCGCUUUAACGUUUGAGCUAACGAUCCUUCACACAAACGACGUUCACGCGAGAUUUGACGAACUUAACAAAUACGGAUCCGACUGCAGCAAUGAGGAUGCACAAUCCGGCGCGUGUUUCGGGGGCGUUGCUAGGAGACAUACGAAGGUUAAAGAGAUAAAUGGAAGCCAUGAAAACGUGUUGUUCCUGGACGCGGGGGAUCAAUUUACGGGAACGCCGUGGUUCACCGUACACAGAGGCCAGGCAACAGCCCAUUUCAUGAAUCUGCUGGAUUAUGACGUCAUGUGUUUGGGGAACCACGAAUUUGACCUUAAACCGGAAGGACUCGCGCCGUUCCUUGGCAACCUAUCUCUUCGUGUCAUCAGUGCCAAUGUUGACGUCAGCGAGGAGCCCCUACUACGGGACAAAGUGGUGAAGUCCGUGGUAAAGACGGUCGGGGGUGAGCAGAUUGGCAUUGUGGGAUACACCACCCAGGAUACGGCAUUUAUCUCCAGACCAGGUCCAAGUGUGGGGUUUGAUGACGUGGAGACGGCGGUUAAGGCGGAGGUGGACCGGCUUCGGCAGGAAGGGGUCAACAAAAUUAUCGCCCUUGGUCACGCUGGAUUCCAGAUGGACAAGCGGGUCGCCGCCAUUUCCGGUGUGGACGUCGUGGUCGGCGGACACACGGACACCUUCCUCUACACAGGAACUCCGCCCUCGCGCGAGACGCCAGAAGGGCCUUACCCGGUGGUGGUGAACCAGAUGGACGGUGGCCAGGCACUUGUUGUGCAAGCGUUCACGUUUGGCAAGUACCUCGGAUACCUCAACGUCACGUUCGACGUCUCCGGCAAAGUCAUCGAUUAUGCCGGCAACCCGAUUCUCCUAGACGCAAGCGUCGAACAGGACGCGGUGAUGCUGAGCGAGCUAUCUACGUGGCGGGAGCCGGUGAUCGCCCUGCAGACUCGCGUUAUUGGGUCUUCCAAGACUCUGCUGGACGGACAGAGGGACCACUGCCGCCUUAGAGAAUGCAACCUCGGUAACAUGGUAGCGGACGGAAUGGUGGAUUACUUUGCGCGCCUGGACGUGAACGGAAGUCACUGGUCACCCGCCGCCAUCGCUAUCGUCAACAGUGGUGGAGUGCGCGUUCCUGUUCCAAAAGGAGUUUUGACCGCUGGAGAUGCAAACUCCAUUCUUCCGUUCCGGAACGAAGUGGACCUUGUGCGCGUGCGCGGUAGCGACUUCCGGAAGCAGCUGGAGCACUCCGUGGAGGAGUACAGCCCGUCGGCCGACCCAAGCGGCGGUUUCCUGCAGUUUUCAGGAGUCCGAGUAAGGUACAACGUCAACAAGCCGGCCGGCCAGCGCGUAGUUAGCGUUGACGUCAGAUGCCGAGACUGUGACGUCCCGACCUACUCCCCUCUGAAGAACGAUGACAUUUACAGCGUGUUGAUGUCAAACUUCAUAAUCGACGGCGGGGACGGCUUCUCAUUUCAGCCUAUUGACCGUGUCCUUUACAGUGUCCUUGACGUGGACAUUCUGACGGCGUACAUAGAGAACCACAGCCCGGUGUGGGCGGAAGAGGAGGGCCGAAUCACAUUCCAAACGGCAGACUUCACUUCUAGCGGGACAUCUGGACACCCGGCUGCGGGCGCCAUCGCCAUUUUCACCGUCAUAACUUUACUCAUGAACUAUUUUCAUUAACUUUAAAAGUGUAUAUCACUAUUCCGUCAUUUGAUAGCACAGCACUAUUUCUUUUCGUUAUCAUUGUGUGGAGUGUUAGCUGCUGCAAAAUCAUGUAUGCAGUGUCGACGUUGAAUUCUACAAAUGCAACAAAUAUAUUUGUCAGUGGUAGAAAUUUGGCUAUUUAUGCCAAAACGAAGCGAAACAACAGGCAAGAAAGAAAAUGACAUUUGUAUAAGUUGAAUAUUGUUUGUGCUGUAUGUUGUGCUACCUCCAUUACUCCUUUCUCAGGUCAGGUGAAUGUUGGUGAAACCAAUGUUACUGCCGUCUACCAUUCAUUUUAUUGAUGUUUUCUAAAUAAAACUUUUAACACUUAAA